UUGAGAGAUAUCCCUCCGGAGGAAGUAGAAGUAGGCCAACCUAAUUUUUUUCUAUAUUUAUUUAGAUGGAAUGAUGGUCAGAUUAUAUUAUCAAUUUCAAAUUGAAAGAGAUGAGCCAUCACAAUUAUCGGAAUGGACGGCGUUGGAAAAUUUUCACACACUGAUGUCGGGUUAUGGACCAGAAGAUCCUUCUGUAUUGCGAUAUCAGCAUAGCCACAUAUCUCGUAAGACGUGGGCAGACGAGGAAACACCUUCUUUCAAUAUUCGGCGCUUUGUGGGGCAUUUUUGGAAAAUAGAUAAUCAUUACAGACGUGUGAUUGAUUAUGUCUGCAGAUUUGGUUUUGGUGGAGUUUAUUAUUGUGGCAAGUCUCUAGAUGUAGAUCAUGCUUUGAUAACAACAUUGGUUGAACGUUGGAGGCCAGAAACACAUACCUUCCAUCUUCCUGUAGGAGAAGCUACUGUUACCUUACAGGACGUUCAAGUGUUAUGGGGUCUACGUGUAGAUGGAUUUCCUUUUACAGGUAAUGGUUAUGUGAAUACGGGUGGGAGAAUCUAUGUGGUGAACUGUUGGGCUUCUAUCCACAUCAAAGUGAGAUGAAGGAAAACGGUAUUUUGGCAUCGGCUCUAAUAAAUAGGAUGGCGAGGGAACCGUUAAAUGAUGAUGUAGAAGAUAAAGCCUACAUUCAACGGUCACGUAUGAUUGUGCUUGUGCUAUUGCAGGGUAACCCGAUGGCUUAGGGUGUAAGAUACCUCUGAUUUGGUUGACCAUAAUUCGGGAUGUUGAGGUUGCCUCUUUGAUUUGUUGGGCGAGUGCUGCACUUGCUACCUUAUAUCAUAAUCUUUGUGAGGCUUUCAUGGGUAAAAGUAAAGACAUUGGAGGUCCGACAGUACUCCUACAGCUCCUACAACUGUGGGUGUGAGAGAGAAUGCCCACUUUGAGACCCGAUUUUGUGAUGCACGUAUGCAUAUGGACAACACUCCAUGUGCAUCGAUGUAAGUUUAUUGUUUAAGUAUUUUGUGUAUUUAAUGACAUCAUAUUAAAAAAAAUUGUAUUGUAGGUGGAUUGACUCAUAUUUAAUAAACAAAUCGCCCAAAAUUCUGUU